AUGCACGACAUCAUCGCCGCGCCGCUUGGCGCCCUGCCUGGCGCCGUUGACGCCAUUCUGCGACGCCCAGAGGAGCUGGACGAUGUCGAGGUUCAGAGCAUCUUCAAGGAGGCCUCUUUCAUUCUUCUUCGGGCAGAGGAGGCGCUGGCAUCGCGGGACCCGGAUGCGUUUUGUGUGCUUUUCAAGCUCUUCUCGGAGGGAUUCGCUCACGAUGAGAGUUCCUUUGGAAAAGGCAUAGAAACGUUUGGAGAAAAUGCUGCGCUUCUGCAAACCCUGCGUGACAUUUUUCGCGUGGCGGUGGAGCAGCGGGUGUUCUCUACGCAAAGCCUCGCCGUUGUCGAACUCGUGCAAGUAGUGGGGAGCCUCUGCGAUGGCAGUGCCAUUAAGGAUGUCUGUGGUGCGCUCUUCAUGGAGGGACUCGCGUACAUGCUGGAUGACAUGUACCGUCGCAGCGUCGAGGAGGCCCAUGCGAGUUUUUUGGCGCAGCGUGCCGCAGCAACGGCCCUCAUUAAUUUGGUGAAGGGCUCCAAGCAGAAUAAGCAGCGAAUUGGGUCGUGGAACUUCUUGGCGGACUGCUGUGCGCUGAGUGUGGACGUCUUCUUCCAACUGCAGUGCAUCGAGCUCUUGUUUCGUCUCUCGCGCCAUAACAAGUCCCUGCUGACGCAAAUUUGCAGCCGUCUCCGCCCGCGUGUGUUGGAGAAUAUCCGCCAGUUGCCGAACGACUCAACGCUGCUGGCAAAGAUGGUGGAGCUGCUGCACGACAUCAACGAAGCGAGGGAGGACAUCUUGUCAUUUCCGGUGAACCGGGUCGACGUGGCCCACACGACGAUCAUGGAGAACACUUUGUCGUACUUCACGAUGAACUACUUUGUUGUGCUGGUGACAUCAAGCAACGCCGACAACGUCACGAUCCCCUACCGCUCGAUUCGGUCGGUAACGCUCGGCAAGGAUGGCCGGGUUGUCUUUCGCCUGGAGGAGUUUCCGACGAAGCUCGGGGCGCUGUUGAGCCGUGCGGCGGGCGAGGACACCAUUGUGCUUUUCAUGACUGUGGAGCAGCUCUCCCUCUUCAAGGAGUCCCGCAUACGUUCGUGGAUCGUGUCCGCGUUGGAGUCCAGGAAGGGACGCAAGCGAAGCAGCACCCACGCCGCGAACGGGGCCGCGGCCGCGACGCCCCCGGCCUCGCACGACGCCCCCACGGAGGAAACUGCGAAGCGGCACCGGGCGGAUUCGCUGCAGCUGACGGGCGGCGACUCACAUGUGUUAGCCGUCUUCCAAAAGAUUAUCAAGGCGUCCGACGAUGACGCGAGUGCUGUGCUUGAAAAAAUGAAGCAACUUAUCAGCAGUAAAAAUGAGUCGAGACACCAGGAGGUUGCGGCCAUUCUCGAUGCCUCGAUGAAAGAAAUUCAGCGGAUGGUGGAUGAGGGGCAUGUGGCCACCGAUGGCGUCCGUGCAAAUAUUAGGGAGGACGUGGAAGGGAGCAUCCAGGGCAUAGAGCACCGACUUUUGACUUCCCAAGCAAAAGCCGCAGAGGUCGUCGAGAAGCUGAACCUCGCACUUCAAGAACUCAAGGCCAGCAAUACGGCCAUUCAUGAGCAGAUAGCGUGCAUAGAGAUUACGUUACAACAGUCACUGGAGGUUAGCCGCGAGGAGGAGGCGAAUGUGUGCAAGCUGCUGAAGACCGAGGGCGAGGAAAACACUGAACAAAUUGAGACCCUUCUUGACCGACAACUUAUGGGGCAAUCAGACCCAAUGAACGUGAUAUCUGAGUUUCUUAGAACCAGUGCCGCCGGAAGUGUCUUUUAG